GCAGAAUGUAGCGGAGAGUGGAAGUGGUCAUCAAGGCGCCGGAAGUACCCAAUGUUCCGACGAAUUUGUUUUGAUUGAGGAAUUCUGGCUGAUUCAUUGUAGCAAGCGAGACUUGAAUAGUUAGCACACACGACUAUUCUUUCCAACAUUUUCACAUCUUGAACAGAAAUGGAUAGGCUGCUGAGGCUUGGAGGAGGAAUGCCUGGACUGGGUCAGGGCCCACCUACAGACGCCCCCGCCGUAGACACUGCAGAGCAGGUGUACAUCUCUUCACUGGCACUGCUCAAGAUGCUGAAGCACGGGCGUGCCGGUGUGCCCAUGGAGGUCAUGGGUUUGAUGCUGGGCGAGUUUGUGGACGACUACACUGUGCGAGUGAUUGACGUGUUCGCCAUGCCGCAGUCAGGAACUGGUGUCAGUGUGGAGGCCGUGGACCCCGUCUUCCAAGCUAAAAUGUUGGAUAUGCUUAAGCAGACUGGCAGACCAGAGAUGGUGGUUGGCUGGUACCACAGUCACCCCGGGUUUGGCUGCUGGCUGUCCGGCGUUGACAUCAACACCCAGCAGAGUUUCGAGGCCCUGUCGGAGAGAGCCGUGGCCGUGGUGGUGGACCCCAUCCAGAGCGUGAAAGGAAAGGUUGUUAUCGAUGCGUUCCGGCUGAUCAAUGCCAACAUGAUGGUUCUGGGACACGAGCCCAGGCAAACCACCUCCAACCUGGGCCAUCUGAACAAGCCCUCCAUCCAGGCUUUGAUCCAUGGACUGAACAGGCAUUACUACUCCAUCACCAUCAACUACAGGAAAAAUGAACUCGAGCAAAAGAUGCUGUUGAACCUACACAAGAAGAGCUGGAUGGAGGGCCUGACCCUGCAGGACUACAGCGAGCACUGCAAGCUCAACGAGAACAUCGUCAAGGAGAUGCUGGAGCUGGCCAAGAACUACAACAAGGCGGUCGAAGAAGAGGAUAAGAUGACCCCUGAGCAGCUGGCCAUCAAGAACGUCGGAAAGCAGGAUCCCAAGAGGCACCUGGAGGAGCACGUCGAUGUCCUGAUGACGUCCAACAUCGUUCAGUGCCUAGCCGCCAUGUUGGAUACUGUGGUCUUUCAGUGAAGCCACCGCCCCUCUUGCAUUUAACUGUUCAUAUUCUAACUUUGUUUUGUUUUAUAAAAAAUAAAUGUGUAUGAAAGGUG